ACAUGGUAACGACUAUUGUUAUCAUCUAAUUAUUUAAUUAUUUUGUAAUACUCCUAAAAGUCGCGAAGCUUAAGAUCAUCUAUCGGAUUAUAUACGUAUACACAGUGUGUGAUCUUUAUUGUUAUUGAAUAAUACCCCACUUUUGCAUGUGAAACUUGGGACUUUCGCGUCAAGCGUUACAAUGCUAUCUACUUCGGAUUUAGAAAGGCUAAUUGCAGUGAAAAGGCGUGAGAUAGAGAAUGAAAAGACGCGACUGGGGCUGCCGACGCGACCAGACGAGAGCAACAAUAAAGAAAAUGCCGCACCAAAGUCAUCGAGCGAGAAAUUGAGCGAACAAAGAGUAGAGGAGAAUGAGCAGGACAAGAAGGAGGGAGAGAGAGAGACUGAAGAGAUUCCGCCCGACCUAGAGAGAUAUAUACGGCGCUACCUAGGUCUCCCCGUAAUGCUAAAAGCGGGUGAAUACUCUCCCAACAACCCCCUCAUACGGGGCGAGAGGUCGUCGGGCGACGCGUUAUUGGGACUCGGGGAGUAUGAACGAAGAAGAAACACCCUUAGGAAGCUGCGCCAGCAGCAGUACAGGGAAUACCUCGAUCAGCAAGCGAAGAAGAAGCAAGAAGAAAAGGAACAAGCGGAGCGAGAGAGAAGAGAGCGCGAGCAACGGGAGCGGGAGCGAGAAGAACGCGAACGGGAGAGGGAGAUAGAGCGACUAGAGCGGGACAGAGUCAGUCCGGAGCGGCCGCGAGGGUUCGUCAACACUGUGUUCAGUGCUACGCAGACUUUUACUAGCAAAGUAGACACCGGUGUGCAGACAACCACGGCCGGCAGACCUCUGUCGGUAGCCGUACAGACGGACGACGCUGAAUUCUACAGGUUAUCGUCGCCAUGUUUGUGUCCGCGGCCGCAGCAGCAGGCGGAGCGCGAGCUGUCGCCGCGCACGGUGGCGCCGGAGCGCCGCAGCCUGCCCGAUUUGGAACAGUCGCGAUGCCGUCCAGACCGAGCGAGCGGGGAGCGCUACAAGCCAUCCUUCUUCGACGCCGACGCCGUGCAGCAGCGGAACGCCAUGGCAGAGAAAGAAGCUGCGGCUAAGCGUCAAUACUACCAGCAAGAGCUCAAAAACCAGAUACUUGAGCAGCAGCGUAUUCGGGAGGAGAGAAAAGCGAGAGAAAAGCUGCUGGAGGCGGCGGAGAUGCGGCGGCUGGAGGAGCAGCUCCGCGUGCUGCGCGGCGCGCGGGGGCGAGAGCUGCGCAAGCACGACGCGCAGGAACACCAGAUGAAAGAAAACGCAACAGACUAUGAAAAGAAGCGAACGGCGCUACAAAAAGAAAUAGAUUUAGAGCAACAGACGCUACUCCGCGCGCGCACACACACGCACACUUCACGCAGCGACGGACUACCCGCUAAACCCUCCAAGAUACCCUUCUACUACCCCUCCGUCCACAAGGCCAAGGAGAAAAAACACUUCUCAACCAACAUACCAGAUAAAUCUAUCUUCUCACCAAACUACGAUGUCGACAGCUAUCUACGAAAAAACCUCAAUCCUUCCAAAGAAAUGCUCAGCUCUCGACUAGACACCGCUAGUACAGAAUGCCUCGCUUCUAAGUAUCUCGGCCGGUACGACAGGGAAUCUAGGUUAACAGACAAAAACAGUGAUAAAGAGGAUAGGUUAAGUAAAGGUAAGUUAGUAGUAGAAGCGCUCGUCCACGACCGUCCGAAAUACGAGUCUAAAGAUAACGAUAAUCCCAUACCAGUGUUAAGGCAUUCGCCGGUUAAUGUGAAGAAUGUGCAGAUAAACACGGACUUAAGCGAAGCGAUGCAAGUUGUAGACGAUAAGUGGAAAGUGCCUGUGGUUCAGAAGAAUAUUUUGAAGAGUUUGCCAAAUGAGGAGGGUAAGAGUGUGAGUAUACUCACGCAGUUGGGGUCCAUUAGGAGGCAGCUGCAACUUGAACAGUUGAAGUUGGAUAAAAUGCUGACGAAAGACAGCGCUUGAGGUGCUAAAUUAUGUCUAUUAAGUGCAGUUUUUACUAGCUAAUCGGUCAUUUUCAGAAAAUAUUUAUUAUACUUUUGGGUUCGUGAUUCUGUGUGGCAAAAAUGUGUUAAGAUGGUCAUAGGUACUAAACUAAUUUCCGCAUGGGACUAGCCACCAAAUUAGGCAAAAAAAUGUAAUGGACACCUUGAGGGCGCGAAGUAGAUGAAACGUGACUCAAAGGUAUAUUUUUACACGAUUUUCAUAUCGGUCCCAUGGGAAACCUUGCUCAGAAUGAUACAUUUCUUAUACAUUUUUGACAGGGUACGCGACCCCAAUAUUACCCAGUAUAAAGCUGAUUAUAAGAAGCAAACCACAUACACUGAGAGGUUGCAAUUUAGAUAAUAUUAACAUUACCCGCAUGUCUAACAUGCUUUACUAAAAAUAGCUUCUGAGCAUAUAUUGGCUUAUAACCUAACCAUAAAAGAUUCCAUAAUGUUACACCUAUAUUAGUCGCAUUAAUGUAUCUUAUCAAUAUGUGUUGUGUUUAUUCUAUAAUUUCUGCAUUUAAAAAGUUCUCCCAGGCUAUGUUCUAAAAGAUCUCAAUUAUUAUGGAGCACGUUUACUAAGUUUAGGUACCAUCAAAUAUUACUCCAACCAAACCAAGAGAGAUUAGUAUUUUGUGGUAUCUUAACACACAUUAGAUAUAAAAUAUAAUUUAAAUCAUUUGUAUUUGAAUCGAAUAUACCUAAUAAUACGUGUCCGUAGAUUAAUAAUUAAUUAAUAAUUAGUUCAAAUGAUUAAUUUUAUAAGUUUUCUAGAACAAUUAAUACAGAUUUAAAUAUUAGGUCCUUACCUAUUAAAUUGGCGUUUUUUUUCACAGAUUAUUUUGUACGUAAUUUAUUCAUUUUAAUUGCAACUUCCAAAUUAUUUUUUAAUUUCAAUAGUAGAUUACACAAAGGUUUUAAAUACACAUAAUAGGUUUUUUAUUUGUUUAGUGUUUUAAAUUAAAGCUUGAAAACCAUCCUUUUCAAUUUUAUUACAUAUACAUAGUUGGUGCUAACAAUUAUUUAAGUAAAUAAGAUAUGUGUAACGUAGUUUUCAAUAUUCCUAACAAAAUUUAGUUUGGUUUGAAUUUGACAUUGCUAAAUGAUCCGCAAAAUUCAAUGUAUGAAAAUCACAGUUUUCAUAAAAUUCUCCAUACAAAACACCAAUUUCAUAGGUAAGGACUUAAUAUUAAUUAAAUAAUGCCAAAGUUAACUAUCUGCAUGACAAUUAUUUAAUGUUUGUAGCAUGUCUAAUUCCAGUUAAAUGUUAAGUUUUAACUAUUAGUCAAUAAGCAUGUUUUAAAUACAAGUAUGUACUUGAAUGUCAUUUUAAUAAUUUUUUAGCGUGGUUUUAUUUAAUUGUUUUAUCCUAGUUUACAUAUUUCCAAGUAAGGUGGCGAUUCAAACUAUUUUAGACCAGAAAUCGACUAUUUGUUAUCGGCACCUUACAUUAAUAUUUCCUUUUUUUUAAAUAUUUUUAUUAUUUUAUUUAAAUUGAUGUUUUCAUUGCUAAUCUAGCAGUGCCAAAAACAACUAUUUCUUCCUAGUUAAUGGGGUACUAUUUAUUAAAACAACGCACCUAGUUACUUUUAUUAUCUUAUAUCUAAAUAAGAACAAAAAUUGAGUUCAGAUUUAUUGUUACUCUAGUUAUUAUUGACCAAUAAACCGCGAGCUACGCAUUACGAGCGUAGGAAAAACCGUGUAGCGAAAAUCGUCUACGAACAGACCCCCUAGCGUAGGCCGUAGCCCUUUAGAGGGGGGUUUGAAGGACCAUUUUUUCGGUUUUUCACUUACUUGGAAACUGCGUCUUAGCUACUUAGACAAAACAAGGCUGAUUAAAUUUGCUACAAGUUUAAGUUAGUCAAGUUUUUUGAUAUCUUGAAUAGUUUUCGAGAUAUCCGUUUUUACCCUUUGGGUACGGAACCCUAAAAAUGGGACCUUCAAACCCCCCUCUCCCCCCCGGCUCAAGGGCUACGGCCGGGACUUGUUAUCAUGUUCACCUCCUAACUAGUUCAAACAAAGUUACGAAGUCAAGUAUUGUGUUCCAAGCAUUUCCCUCCCUCUACAACUUUUUUUUUAAGAAUUCGUUGCCUGGCCUAAUAGUAGGUAUAAUUGGUCAAGCAAAUCUUGUCAGUAAAUAGGAACAAAGAAAACUAUACUCAUCCUUUUCUUUUGGGUGCUAGUACUAGUGUAAGACAAAGAUAGUAUGAUUCUCUCUGUCUAUGUUUGAAAUGAGACAGUCCCUUGACAAACUAUAUAUAUAUAUGUAGUUAUAUUAUAUUAUGCAUUAGGGUUACACUGAAAGUAGGCUGUGAAAUUGCCUAUAAUAUAUUUAAAAACAACUACCGCCACAUAUUCUCUAAAUUCAUGGAAAUUGAUUUUAUUUGUAUAGAAAGCUCACGAAAGCUAGCGAGGAUUUUACGUGAAUAUUAUGAUAGUUAAGUACAAAUCUGGCACCAGACGUGACAUGAACAUCUUAAGCUAUAAUUUGAAUAGCACGUAAUGAGAGAGCUUGUAAUGUAGAUAUGAUACAGUAGGAGGUAAAAGCUACGUAAAAUAAUUAUUUUUGUAUUUUGCUACUAGUAGCUAGGUAUUGAAAUAGUUUUGCAUAAUUUCACAGGAAAUGUUAUGUUAUUGCCAAAAAAAUAUGUUCUAAAUAAUCUAAAUAUUGAUAAUUUAAUUAUAAAGUUAUCAAAAUGUAUCAAUCACCUUGUUGUUCACAUUGAAUAUUGCACUUGUAACAGCUUUAUAAUAUGAGCGACCACGGUGCUCACAAAUAUCUGAACACGUUUCUAUUACCAAUGUGUUAGUAGAGCUCGUCAGAUACUUUACAGUACAUAUGGUACUACUUUCUCGCACUAGUGCGUCAAAUAGCACUUUUCGUGCAUAUGUCGAAAGUUUAAAGGGCCAUAUGUACUGUAAAACGUUGUACGAUACACGUGCGAAUAGGUAAUUCGCAACUCGUGUCGAUUUAAAACACUCCCUGCGGUCGUGUUUUAAUUUAUCGCCACUCGUUUCGAAUUUCCUCUUUUCCGCACUUGUAUCGUAAAUAACUAUUUGACCACCUUGGUCGCUAAGAUCGCAGCAUUUAUUGUUUUAUUCACUCAGACAUAUCCAUUGCAAUGUUAGUGCAAUAGUUCUGUAGAAAAUUAUAAUAAUUUUAUUUAAAUAAAAAUGUUCAAAACA